AAGCGUUGGUCAUAAAAAAAACAAAAGGAAAAAGGGAAAAAAAACUGGCAGAAAAGAAGAAGGGAAACGCAACAGCAAAUUGCUGAUUGGUUUGGAAUCAAAAAGGGAAAAUGCUCAUCAUUGGAGCGGAGUGGCCUAGGAAUCAAAAAUGGGCAUUUGCAUGAUCUGGUUUUGUUUCCAACGCGUUGCAGUGCACGAACGGUGUUUCAUCGAUAUUUACCCAUCCCUGUUGAUUGAUCUUUGUUUUCAUGCUUAUGCUCAAUUCUCGUUCGUCUUCUCUCAUCUCUCAUCUCAUCAUUGUUUCGGGAGUCGUGGGAUAUCUCGGGCAAUGCUUGUAUUUGUACAUUUCCUUUUUCUCUCUCUUUCUUUCCUUUUUGUCUCCCCCUGUUGUUAUGUGAGUUCUUCCUUGUGUUUAGUAUAGUAUCGACCUACGUUUUCCGGAUAUGGACUGGAUGAGCGGAUGGUGUUGGGAAUGAAUCAAUCAAUUUAGUUCCUUUCCUUUUUA